GGACUCUUUUUGCUAGUGUGAAUGCACAGAGUGACACCAAAAGAGAAUUAGCCAAAAAGCCCACUAAGGGUGUUUGUUGUGUUAUUAAUUUUAUUCUUAACAUUCAUUUUUACUUAAAUAUAAAACAAAAAUAUAAUAAUUCCCAUAAAAACUGUACAAAACUGUACAAAACUGUUAAAAAAUUAUUAGGAGUAAUGAACAAAUUAUUAAAAAAACUAUUGUGAACGACUUAAUUACAAGAAGGGAAAGAACGUCAUUUGUUUUGUUAUUAUUUUGUUGUUUAAUAGUAGUUAUAUAUUGAAGCGAGUGAAACAAAUAAAUUAAAAAGUUAUUUAAACAUGCCGCGACAACUUUGGGGUAAAAUGAAAGAAACAUCGGUAAGGGAAAAUGAAACCGAAAAAAUGGUGCCUGUAGCAGCAAAACGCACAAAACUCGAAGAAAUGCAGGAGAAAUUACCGUCCAUCACAAACAAAAGUGUGGAACUGCAGGUGAAAAAUCCCUUAGUUACACAAACAAUAGAAGUUAUGAAGCAAACAGAAAUGUUGCAAUCGCUUAUUGACACCUAUUCCAACAAAUCGGGCACAUCGAAUUAUUUGCUAAAUCCUUGUCAAAUGAUACCUGAGGUUGACUUCCCACCUGAAAAUGCUGCAGAUUUUAUCAAUGAUGAUAAAUUUGCUAAGCCAAUAUGGUUUAUACCGCCAAUUGAAAGCAAUUUUGCGCGCGGUGUGCCACAGGAAUAUCCUCAAAUAAACCCCAAAAUAUGCCGUGCUGCUUUACGAAAGGCAGUUUGUGGACAACUUCGUGUAUGUGGUUUCACAGAUAUUUCUGAAUCGGCCUUAGUGCUAUUCGCUGAUGCAGCGCAAGAAUUUAUGCGUAACUUUAUGCAACGGAUACGCGAAGUACACGCUAAUAAUCCACAAAUUGAAAUGGAGAAUGAGGUUGAAGUGAAAAGCCUAGAAAAGGCUUACUAUUCUUUGACAAAUGCGUCGUUAACAAAUGUGCAUAAUUAUUUUAAACAUCAAUUGGUCGCACGAAAUCGUAGUGAAAUUGCAGAAUUCAAUGGUGUACUUCAAGAGUAUGAUAAACUAAUGAAGGAGAGUCAAAGUAUGCAAAAGGAAGAAUUUCAAGAAGGCGAUUUCCUAAAUAUACUUGAAAUGCCGGCAUCUAAUGAUCAUAAUGUCGGCGUUUUGAGUAGCGGCAUGCAGGACAUCUCCAAUUCUGGAGGUGUUAGUGCACAAAGUGGUGUUGGAGUACUAAGCAUGCUAGAGGGUCAGUCACACAUGUCUGUACAGCACACAGGAUAUACCGGUAGCACAAUGGAUUUGUAAAUAACUAUUAAGUAAAUACUUAGGCAUUUAGUAAUUAGUCUUUUAAAGUUUAUUUCUCCUAAUUAAAGAAGAUAGAUAUAAAUUAUACUAAUCUUAAAUUUA